GAGCUCCCGCGUCCUACUAGUUUGGCAAGUUAUCUAGGCUAAACGCAGCGGAGAAAGGCGGAGAAGAGGGCAGAAACUCUAAUUUGCGCAAAUUUGUACACUUCUCUUGUCCUGCAGAAGGUAUACGAGAGAGAGAGGAGUCAUGGAGUCUGCUAUUCAGACCAUGGUGAAGGUCUUCCUGAAGUCGUCCAAGGGAAAGGAGAAUCUAGGAAAGAGUCAAUUCCAGAGCCUUGUCAAGAGCCAGCUCUCCAACAUCCUUACGGACACAGACAGCAAGGAGGCAGUCAACAACAUGGGCCAGGAACUGGAUGCCAAUCAGGACGGAAAGGUUGGUUUUGAGGAGUACUUGAAGCUGGUUGGCUACCUGGCGGUCUCGCUCAGCGAACAGCGCAAUCUCGCCAAAGAGGAGCCUGCCCAAAAUGCUGUGUCCGGACAAGUGGCAUUAAGUUCCCCCGGCAAAGAAGAGGAGAAACCAGCGGCAAACUCAGAGGCAAAUGAGGAAGCAAAGCCUGAAGCGAAUAAAGAGGCAAAGGUAGAAGCAGUUGCUGAAGUAAAGGUAGAAGAAAAGGCAGAGGGAAAUGUCAAAUUAACGAUAAAGUCCGAGGUAGCAAAGCAGGAGGAGAAGCCAGCAGCAGUGGUGGCAGCAGCAGCAGCAGCAGUAGAGAAGGCCGCACUGGAAGUGGUCGUAAAAGAAGAGGAGAAGAAGGAGGAAACAGAAAAGGUGGAGAAAGCUAUAGGGAACCUGGCUGCAGCUGUGGAGGCAGAAGUGAAGAUAGAGGAGGCCACCUCAUAGGGGACAAUCCAUUCCUUCACAAAACAAAUCCCACUACAUGCUUACAUUCAACACCACACAAAACAAAACAUUAAUGCCAAAAUAAGCAAAUAAACCACUAAAGAUUUUUUGCCAAAAUACACACAACACUAAAGUACAAGAUAUCGGUAAAAGUUCAAACACUACAAACCCAGCUCUGAAGAAACCCUAUUCCUCAUAUAUGAUAAAUAAUACAUGACAGUAGAAUCAUUGCUUUGUACUACUAGUUACCACUAUGUUCAUAUGUACAGCAUGUGCAUCCCACUAUAUAGCACAUUUACCUCAUUAUGAUAAUAUACUAUGAUAGCAUGCAGAUGUACACUAUCAUAUGCAUGCCAUUUCCCUGUGAAAAGCUUACUGCAAAAUAUGAUUUACCUGCAGCAGCACACUGACACACAUGGCCAAAGUGUCACUGCAGCCAAGAUGUUAAGUUUAAAUAACAUCCUCUCCCCACAUUUAUUUUUAUCUGGGUCUUUUCUUCAACUCCUCUACACUACUAACUGUACAUUAGUCCAUCAGCAGUAUAUUGAUUUCACAGUAUAUAUUUCUUGCUUAGCACUAAUGGCUUAAAGGAAUAUUUUGACAUUUUGGGUAAUUAUUAACUUUCUUGAAAAGAAUUGGAUGAGACGAUCAUCACCACUCUUGUAUUCCAGAGUGGUGUCAAUCUUCUCAGUUAAUUCUCAGUAAAAAAGUGAAUACUUUCCCAGAAUCAAUAACUAUUCCGAUAAUGGUUGCAUGGAAAUCUGUGAAUAACACUAUAUCAUUUUUUGACCCUAACCCAACUCACAAUGCUAUGUAGCUGACUUGGCAUGACAAUAAACAAAUUGUUUUGCUGAAGAUUUACAUUACUUCACCCCAUUUUAUUGUGUACUCAAUGCCCCAUCACAUCCUUAUCUCUCUCUCUCUCUCUCUCUCUCUCUCUCUCUCUCUCUCUCUCUCUCUCUCUCUCUCUCUCUCUCUCUCUCUCUCUACUUCAUGGGCUCUCUGUCUCUUUCUUUAAUUUUUGUAAUUCCCAGAGAGGUUCACUUCACUUCUCUUCACUUAUAGUCAGCUAUGGGUUAGGAAAUGGAAGAUCAUAAGGUUCAAGAACAAUACACUUACAGUCAAAAGGGAGCCCCAAAUAUUCCCAUGGGAGUGGGCUGGUGACUAGGGGAGUCGGCCAGAGAAGGUAUUAAUGCAUCCUAAUCCCCCUGGAUUAGAACAGUUAGAGAAGAACAGAAGGUAACAAAUAACAAGAGGUAAAGAAAACCAUAACAGGUGUCACUUUAACAAGGUGUCACUUGGUGGCAGUUUUUUAUCUCAAGUACUUUACGAUACAAUAAGUGCAUUUCUAUUUGUUAUGUCUUUAUAUGACAUUUCAAUGGUUAUUGAUCCAUAAAUGUGCUAGAUGGUACAUUAUUUGGAGGGACCCCUGGCAGCACUGAAUGGAGUGACAGAAAUGUAGCUCUUGUUCAGGCUUGUGUGUUUGUUUGUCGGUCACACCCUCAUAGAGUUUAAAGACCCUGUUUGACCUGCAACUGGAUUCUUGAGUCACAGGCAUUGGGACACCUCUGGCUUAGGCAUUAGAUGGGUAACACACCCUGGGACACAAACAAUUGCAUGAAAGUAAUCCCAGGCUCCAGUAAUCCUGCCCAUCACACGAUGUGCUACUCUCAGAGGGAUUGUUAAAGGUGCUAUUUUAAGCAAAAGAUAAAGAAUGCUGAGCCAUCAAUAUGAAUCUAUGUGGUUUGAUCUUUUAUAAAAGACUAAUACAUAAGAUGUUGCAUGCAGAAACUAAUUUGCUAGUAUUUACAUUGUAUUGCAAUUAUUGUGGCCAAUUAUUUGAGUUUGACCAGGCCUCUUUAUAUUUAACUUUUUUAACCUAACUCUUUCUUGUUUGGACCACUAUUGACAUCACUUGAAAACGUACUUCUUUGUCACAUUAUAUGCAAUUUGUUAAUUACAAUUUAAUGAUUUGUAAAUCGUCUCAUCAUCAAUAAUGCAGCGAUGAGAAAAAGGCUUGUGUUGCAGGCCCGCUAUGUUAUAUGUCCACCUGGCCAGCUGCGUAGUGCUUAAGGCACACACAUUGGGCUCACUACCAAAUGUCCACCUUAUGCACUGAAACAGCACCUGGCACUUCAAACUGCUCAGCAGUAAAAAUGGCCAAGACAAAUAAACCUGAGUCAUGUGGUCACCCUGCCUCACUGCGACACUCCCAUUGUAAAUACUCUCUCAUUUACACUCACUCUGCUCAGCCAUUAUAUUCGUAGUACGCUGUUUCCUGCAUGCUCUAUUACUAACAAACCCAUUGGACAUGUUGGGCUAUUUAGGCUAUAUUAUUAUUUCUUUUAUUACAACCUAUAUUAUUUUUAUAUCAAAACAUUUUCUUAUCAUGGUACUUCCUGUAAAUGAUGGAAACAUAUCACUCUCUUGCACCAUCUACAGCCAGCUUUCUGUUCAACAUGUACUGUAACUUGUGUUUAUAUAUACAGUACAUACUUGUAAACUGCAUUUCUUAUUUGCUAUUCCUCAUAAGCCAUGUUUCGUGCAUCUUUGUGUUCUUUAUUUGCUCUCAACCAAUAAUCAUGAGCAACAUAUGGUAAAAUGAAACUGGAUAAAGUAGAAUUCACUUUGCUGCCACGUUUUAAAAUGACUUGCACUAGCAACAGAUUCCUGGAUUUAGAGUGAAUUAAACAUUGCAAAAUUAUUCUAUUGCAGCUAAUGCUUUCUUUUAACCUGUUUUGAACAGCAGAUUGAUGGACUGUAAGAGCUAAUUUUUCUUACAAAGAGGUUGAACUGUCUGCUCUGGCAGUUUUUGUUACUUUCCCUUAGUGUGAACCUCACCCAACCCUAACUCCAUGUAGAUUAAUAACAUGCUGGAAUGAAACAGCAGAUUUGCAGGCAGGGAGUGUUUGCAGCCAGAUUGUCACUGACACACAAUAAGUCUCAUUCAUUCACAGUAGAUGAAGAUAAAAACCUGUGUUAGGAAUCCUCCCAGCGGAUAUAACAUGUGCACAUACAAGUAUAUGGAUGUGCUUUGGGUCAAAAUGUUUGCAAUUAUGGGACCAUUCCCAGGAUAUUGUGCAGGCUUUCAUCAUUGUGCGUUGAUGUGCUCUGUUUAUUUCCUGCCAAGUACUAGAAGGCGUGUUAGUGUUAAGCAGUUGGACUCAUUUCAGUCCACUGUCAUGUCCAGUAAACUCCACUAUGCUAGUACUUCAACUUCCUAUAUAAUGCUCCAUCAUUUUUGCUAAUUCCAUGUAACGUGUAAUGGCUAACAUUGAAUAAAACUGUGACGAUAACAUA